AUGGUUCGAAAAUCCCCAUCUUUAUCAUAUCACUUUGUUGGAAUUUUGGACGCUCUAGAUUAUUUAUAUUUUGGAGCAGUAGAAACUGUAGAAGAGUGUAAAUUACGACUGGGAAAGCGUUUAUUCAUGACUCUUGUUGCUGCUGUGAUAAUCAUAGCACUCGCUAUACUCAUUGCCAUUAUUGUCAGUAUUAUUAAAUCAAAUUCGAAUUCAGAAUCAGGAAAAUUAAACGAAAAGUCAACAACACUGGCACCCACAGAAACGCACCCUGUCUCUUCUAUCAUCACAUCCUUAGCGUCUUCUGCACCUACUAAAGCCACCAGCAACUCCACGACUAGGCCGCCAAGCUCUUCUGCCAAUCCAUCCGAUGCUUCUUCUGCACCCACUAAAGCAUCCAGCAGCUCCAUUCAAAGCUCCGUCAAAACUACAACCCAAUCACCAACAAGAAAUUCCCAUUGUAUGUUUGUCGGAGAUAUGCUGAAUCUGGGUCACAAUACGACUCUCUACAAAGAAGAGAAAAAUAUGAUCAGUAUGGUCGCUGGCAUGUUGCUCCCUCUAGGACAAAACUACCACACUGCUAGGAUGUGGAGCUAUGGCCACGUCGAACACUCCGACACCUUUUCAAAAGCCUUCCACACAUUCACCAAGGAUUGGUCUGAAUUCAGCGGCAUGUUAAUAAACAAGAUGAAGUUUUCUUUAAAGGUAUAUCCACAAGGUGGAAACAAAGACGUCUUUACCCUGAUUAAUAACACUACGGACCCCAGAAACAAGGCAAACUGCUUGGUUUUUUUAUCUGCCAUGACAGACGUGAAAGAUUAUAAAAUUGUACCAGAUUACCAUUACGAAAGAAUCGUCGUUGUUAACAUGGCAGGUGGCAACUUCAGCGGAAUUGUGGAAGAAAGUCAAGGGAUUGUUGUCGAGGUCUCUCAACCAUAUGAUAAAGUAGAGGAGAAUGCUAAAAAAAUUCACGAUGCAAUACGGAAAGGUUUUCAUUCGUAG